GAUACGCAUGUAGAAAGUAGGCUGCAGUGGGCCCCACGCGAUCAGGAGGUUGUUAGUACAUACUUGCAUAUUUCAAAGCAGAAACAAGGAGAUGGCUACGCCAAAGCACAUCCUUACGCUUGAUGGUGACUUACACAAUACCUCGGAGAAUGACAUCAAGACUGAAACGGACAAGUUUGGGAAGACGAUAAAAUUCAUGAUGUUUAGAGGAUUGCACUAUAUUCCAGGCUACGAUACCGCAGUCCUCGAAGAAGUAGACAACUUCUCUAUGAGACCCGAUGAUAUUUACUUCCCUUCUUUUCCAAGGACUGGUACCCACUGGACUUUCGAAAUAGUAUGUAUGCUCUUGAAAGGCAAAGCAGAAACCAUCCAACGAUUUAAGGGAAGAAAUCAACUAGAGUUUGCGACUAACGAUGUUUUGAGUACUCUCCCUUCUCCAAGGGUUAUCAAUACCCACUUCCGGUUGUCGGACGCACCACGGGAGAUGAAGGAAAAGAAGUGCAAGAUUAUCUACAACCUCAGGGACCCGAGAGACGUGGCUGUCUCCCUCUAUCACCUCUAUGUCGAUCUAAAGUUCUCGGAAUGCGAGUGCUCCUUUGAGGGAUUUUGGUAUCUGUUUCUUGAAGGAAAAAGUAAGUGGUUGAUCUAUGAGGAAACUCAGAAGCUUGAUGGUGACUUACACAAUACCUCGGAGAAUGACAUCAAGACUGAAACGGACAAGUUUGGGAAGACGAUAAAAUUCAUGAUGUUUAGAGGAUUGCACUAUAUUCCAGGCUACGAUACCGCAGUCCUCGAAGAAGUAGACAACUUCUCUAUGAGACCCGAUGAUAUUUACUUCCCUUCUUUUCCAAGGACUGGUACCCACUGGACUUUCGAAAUAGUAUGUAUGCUCUUGAAAGGCAAAGCAGAAACCAUCCAACGAUUUAAGGGAAGAAAUCAACUAGAGUUUGCGACUAACGAUGUUUUGAGUACUCUCCCUUCUCCAAGGGUUAUCAAUACCCACUUCCGGUUGUCGGACGCACCACGGGAGAUGAAGGAAAAGAAGUGCAAGAUUAUCUACAACCUCAGGGACCCGAGAGACGUGGCUGUCUCCCUCUAUCACCUCUAUGUCGAUCUAAAGUUCUCGGAAUGCGAGUGCUCCUUUGAGGGAUUUUGGUAUCUGUUUCUUGAAGGAAAAACUGAAGUGGAUGGGAUAUUUUAACAUUGGCGAGAUGCUGAGGAAUUCUUCAAAGAAAAUCCAGAUAUUCCUGUUUACUUCUAGAUCUAUGAGGAAACUCAGAAGAAUCCUGUGUCGGCUGUGCAACGCCUCUCGGAUUUCCUUGGUCUACAAAGAAAUGAUGAGCUUUGCCAAGCCAUUGCUGCAAAAUGCAAAAUCUCUAACAUGAGAAAAGACAAAGAAAAAUACUGUUUAAAAGUUGAUGGAGAGAGCCACCUUUACAGGAAAGGUAAAAAUCCCAGUUGAAUAAAAAGACAAAUUUUAAUUCAUUAGUAUGAUGUGUUAAAUGUUUUAUCCAGGAAUCAGUAGUGUCUGAGGUCAACCAAUUAAACACCUCAUGUUUUU